AUGGCAGAUAUGGAAUUGCGAGCAUUCGAAACUCGUCUCGAUACAAUGGUUGAUCAGAUAGGUGAAGAAUCGACUGAGCUAAUCAUCGAGAGACCGCGGUUUGCUCACGCGGUUAUGGUGUUUGCUAACAGUACUGAAGCAGGCGAAUUAUUCACAGCUUCUCGAAUCAAAAUGUUAGAUCCGAUAUAUGUUCCGGUUGCUGCAACAACAAAUGGACAUCAAACAUUCCAUCAUUACUCAGAAAGUAUGAAUACUAGUGUAAUCGUGGGAUCAACCAGUGAUUCAGAAUCAGAAGUAGUAAAUCAGGAAUUGGAAGAUGAUAUUCAGAAAGCGCUGAGAAAGCUUGAAGAGUCAAGAAAUCUACUUGAUGAACCGAUCACAUUAAAUUCAAAUGCAAGUCAUAUAAAAAUUAAGCUAGCAAAAAACUGGCCACUCAUCUAA